GUCGCACAAACAAGAGUUUUGUCUCAGUAGAUAAACGCAAUGGUGUUCGAGGCGCUCGUUUUCCGCGAUCUUUCAGCUGUGAGAAGCAAUUCACGCUGAAGUUUCACCCUCCAGAAGACUCCCCGUGUGUUCUACACUCAACAGUCGCGCUUGUCGUUGGUGCGCGGAGUUUGUCUCAGUUGGUGCGGAUUGAAUAAUUCAACGCGUUGACUGCAGUGUUAUUUUUUUGUGCGCUCGCCAGCCCGCUGUCGAUGGAGAGGCAUAAACAUGGCUACGUCUGCGGGUCAUUAUCGGUCUAAUGUUCGCGCCAACGCAUGUUGAUGGUUCGUGCAUGCCGCAUCAGCGUCGUAUCAUCAUGAUUUUGUAUCGCCCAGACUGUGUCUGCGUGUCAGGCGGUAGUCUGGGCAAGCGAUGAACCUCUUCAGCUGCCUGUUCCCAUGUGCGUUGCAGCAGAGCUGGUGGGGCGCCGGAAGUGAGCAAUGCAUGACUGAGGAAUUCGUGCAUAGAAUGGGAGUCAACGCGUCGACAGCGCAGGCCGGUGAACCGGGCGGCAUACCGGGACACCAGGUGAGUCUCACGGAGCCGCCGACGCCGAUGUACAGGGACAUGAUGGGUGUGAUCGUGCGCGAGCGCAAGAAGAAGGUGACUGGCUUCGCCACGCUGAAGAAGAAAUUCAUACGACGACGGCGCUCGUCCAAGGCGUGCGAUCAUGGUCGUAUGCUACGGGAAUUGGUGUCGGAUUGGAGCGCGGCUGAUAUUGCCGCGCUGCUGGAAGAGUACGAAGCUCUGGCGGCAUUGAAGGAUCUCUGCGUGCAGGCGGAGUUGGCUCGUCCGCCAGCCGCCACGUUCAAACAGGAUUUGUCAGCGCUGUACGACUUUAAAUACUGCACCGACGCGGAUCUCGUCUACCGCGGCGCGUGCUUUCCGGUGCAUCGCGCGCUUUUGUCGGCGCGCUGCCCGUACUUCAGGGACCUGCUCACUGGCUGCCCCGGUUAUGGAGCGCGUAUUUGCCUCGAGCUGCGCACUGCCACCGUCGACGUGCAGUUAUUCUCGGCGUUGUUGCGCUACCUCUACACGGGGGAUAUCUGCCCGCACGACACCAACAUCGAUAUGAACCUGUUGCGGCGUCUGCGCGAAGAAUUCGGCACGCCGAAUCCCCUGGAAACCGAUCUGCGAUACUUGCUGGAGACGGGCGAUUAUGCUGAUGCUGCAUUGGUGUUCACCUCGGACGGCUCAGACUGCCAGCGCCCGGAUUCCGGCAGUUCUGAGUACGGUUUCAGGCCUAAGCUGGAACUGCCAUGCCACAAGGCGAUACUCUCGGCGCGCUCGCCGUUUUUCCGCAAUCUGCUGCAGCGGAGGUCGCGCAGUGGUGAGGAUCACACGGAGAGAGCGCUCCACAUUCCCACUAGGAUUGUUCUGGAUGAAAGCGUCAUACCCAAACGGUAUGCGCGUGUUUUGCUUCACGCUGUUUAUUUGGACCAAGUGGACUUGUCUCUGAUAUCACGCGGUGUUUGCGGUGGUGGUUUGGGUGAAGCGCAGGCAUUAGCGCACACGGGACGCAUCCGGCCUUCCGCUUUAGAAGAGGCUAUGGAGUUGUAUCAAAUCGGACGUUUCUUGGAGCUGGAUAUUCUGGCGCAAGGCUGCGAAGAUUUGAUUUUGGACUUGCUUUCUCUGGACACGCUGCCGACUGUUUUGCAAUGGGCAAGACAACCCCAUGGAUCAGCGUGGGUCCACAGACAAGCAUUACAUUAUCUAAGGGAGGAGUUUCAACCGGUCGCUCAGUCGGCAGUUUUGCAUCAGUUGGAUAAGAUUCAUCUGAUUGAAGUGCUGAAGAGUCCAUUCCUGCAAGCCAGCGAAUUGGAAGUGCUUCACGCUGUUUUAAAAUGGGGCGAAAACGAACUAGUCAGACGAAUGGAAGAUAGAGAACCUAAUUUAUUAAAUCACACCGCACACUCGGUGACUCGUAAAGGUGUCAAAAAGCGCGACUUGAGCGAUGUGGAAUUACGCGAGAUUCUAUCGGAUUUGCUGCCGUUGGUGCGAAUGGAUCACGUCCUUCCGCCGAACAGCGACGUUCUCAAUCAGGCGAUCCGCCGCGGGCUGGUCAGUACACCGCCCAGCCACAUGCUCGGCGGAGAUCGAGAAAAUAUGCGCAUAAACGCCUGGAUUCGUAGCGGUAAGAAUAACGGCUUAUUUGUGCAGCCGCGACUUUUUAUGCCUUACUACGAGGAGGUAAAAGUAUUAGUCGAAGAUCACCUAGUUCAAGAAGUCGGUGUAAUGCGGGUGCGUCGCUUGCGAUACAUCCCGGACAUCCCCGACACUCUGUACAUGGUCGAUGAGAAACCACGGCCUAUGGGUCCAGCCGGUGUUGACGUGCUUGCUUCAGUACUGCCUGUACCUGACCCGGCCAUUAUGAACACGAUGCUGAAACGCGAACAGAAACUGCGUCAGAGUCCCGGCUGCCAACGUGCGCUCAACAUGCCUCUAUCCUCACGACAUGAGAUUAGCCGACAGAUUCGUCUACGCGUAGUACGUGAAUUCAAUCUGCCGGAUCCUGUCGCCGAUAUGCUAGAGAAUUGCUUUUGUGUGCCUGAAGCUCACAGCGACACUGAGGUGAUGCCCGCGGCUGAAUCCCAACAAGCGUCGCCGAAUAAGAAUCUCUUGAGUGGCAGCGGUGGCACUAUGGGUGUUGGCGGUGGUGUAGGUGGACGCGCUUGCUACGGUCGCAAUUUAACCUUCCCGCGGCCCAGCGCUUACUCGCAGCGACACGAAUUACCUGCUAUUGUACCUGAGGGCGAGUUCCGCUUUGUGAACACUGGCGAACCGGAAAGCAGCUCGUGCAGUGACGGCCAUCUUUCCGAUAUAAUGCCGGAUGUGGCGAUGGCAACCUCAACGCUCGGCCAAAUCCAACUGCAAGAACAACAGGAGAUGGAGCUUGAUUUAGGGGAUGGAGCGGCACACCUGCAUGGCACUAUGAAUGCACCUCAGGACAUGUCGAACCCAAUGCAUCAUCCUGUCCCAUACAGGCGCUAUCCACCUAUUGGCUACCGCCUGCAUCGGACUGACCCGCAGACCUAUCAUCCGAUGCCUAGGUUUUUAUAGUAAGUCGUGCGGAUGUUUGACUCUUAGUUGUAUCGUACUGUAAAACGUUUAACUAUAACUCUAGUACAGCGGAGCUGUGAUUCGGUAAACUUUCAGAUUUCAACUCCAAUUCCAAACGUGUUUCGAAUCGAGCGACGAUUUUAUUUAGCAUUAGCCUGUCGAAUUUAUUAUUUAUUUUAACACGCAAUGUGUGCUUCGAAUGACGAUCGAUUGAUUCUGAACGAAUAUCUGAUUAAUUUUAGUUUUAUGACUUAUCGAUCUUUUUAUUUAUGAAUACUCACCACAGACUGAUUUAAACUAAAGUCCAAACGAGAUUUAGCGGGAGAUUGGCGCGGGAAUUGUUUGAAGCACGCAUUGCAACUUCAAUUGUCUGGUGUAUUGCUAGUCGAUACGGUAAUUCAUUUUGUUGUACAUACGAUAUUGUUUUUUCAGUCUGAGAAACGUGGAAAAACGAUUACUUCUGUAUCCUUGUACCUGUGUGCGUUUGGCUAGAUGCUAUUACAUGUAAAUAUAAACAUACACAUAACAUAUUAUAUUCAAUAUACAUAUUAAAGUUAGAGGCAUGCGAGACGAGAAAGUGCGUCGCGCACGUCGGUCGGUUGCGUGCGUAUUGAGUAAGAAAGCAUGAAGAAGAUAAUUCUGUAAGUCGUAAGGAAAUAUUAAUUGAAAUCGUUCGUACGUUCUCGUCGAUAUAAAAAAAAACAAGAAUCUUGGCAAUUUCUGAAUUGGCCAAAAUAAUGUUAAGUUAAUUAGCGGGCGUGCAAUUACACAAUUUGAGUAAGAAUGAAGUAAUUAUGUACUUAAAUAAUUCGAGUAAAUCUGAUUCUUAGCGUUUCACAACGAAUCAAAACAAUGCAAAAACCAAUAUAUGAACAAAGACGAGCGAUAUGAGUUUGAGUUUGUAAUUAGAAAUGGUCGAGUUUCGGGUCUGCGCCGAAACACACUUCCGAUGUUCAACCGAGAUUCCAGACAAGCAUAUACAUACAUUUAAAAAUAGCGUUUAACUAGGUAUAUGUUUGAAUUGCGACGAUAAGCAUCCGAUAUUGACAAGACAUCAUUUUGCGUUCUCACGACUAUUUAUUGCAUAUCAUUCUGUAACUUUUGUUGUUAAAAUAUCUGUGAUAAGGUUUCUUUUUUGCGACACGCGUUCGCCAAUCGAUGUUGUUAUAUAUAAUUAGUUUGUAUGAUUUUAUGCAGUCACAGAUCGCAGUUUUGUGAUAUAUAAUUAAAAUAUCUAUGUUAAUAUAAUCUCAAGAUUGUUGCAAGUACAUACAUGUUAGCGUAGGAUAACGACUAGGAUGUAAGUCCGAGUCGAGUCGGUUUUAUUUAUUGUUUCGUUCGCCGUAUUGUAUUAGAACGACACGCACGCACCAAACAGCUCUUUCCAAUCUUGUCUUGACGCUGCUGCAGAUGAUUCAAUUGUGGCAAUGAUGCAGACGCCUAUGUGGGGACAAUUUAAACAUGAUGCAACCGUAUGUUUCGGUGAACAACGUUUCAGGGCAUUUCGUUUUGAGUUGUGCAUGUACACUUACUGCUAAACUGUAUUUCUAAUCUCUACAUGUGAUAUUAAAAAGGGAAAUGUGAAUAUGAAUACGAUUUGCGUUCUCUUGUGUGGGCGGGCGUCUUGUCAUGUUUAUAUUCAGUAUUCAGUUGAUGGCGAAGAAAUGCACAUUGACUACUUUUCGAGCAUCGUUUGUUUGACCGACCGAAGCGUUGUUGUUCAUACCUGUUCAGACUUCUUAAAGCUUUUUUAUGAUUUUUAUGUCACUUUUGUUAUGUAAUGUUCACAACAUAAAGUACAGUAAAAUAAUUUCCAAACUCUAUGUACAAGUGUACAUAUUAAAAUAUUCAUAUAUCAA